GACCAAUCAGAAGUCGCUAUUCUGAAAAUAUGCAUCUGAUUGGUCGAUUUUUCACAUAUAUAUCCAAUGACACGGGGCUUUUGGAAGAUAUACGGGGAAAAGACUACAACCGGGACGCAGAAUGUACACUGUGAGCAGAGGCCCUAGCAAACUGGCAGCCCAACGCCGAAGGGGUCCGACGCAAAACCUUGAGAAAGUGAGUCCCACAUCGCCUACCUUCAAGGACGAAAAUUGGAACGCCAUCAAAAUGAGCUCUCCCAGGCCAGUCUUUACUCCAGUGAAUGGGAAGAAGAAGGAGAGAACAGUCUCACCUGUCCACCAGCAGGACCAGACACCAGAACACCAGUAUAACAUCAGAUACUUGUAUGACAUUUGGAGAAGAGUUGAACGUGAGGAGCAAGAGGACAGGGAUAAAAAUCAUGGCACCAAAUAUUAUGUAGAGUCAGAGAAAUCAAAUCCUGCACUAGAAAAUUUUGUUCCAUUUGACUUGGAACAGUUUUGGGCCAACAAGUUCUUACAGAGUGUGAAAGAGGCCUCGUGAUAACUGUACAGUGUGUGUCCUGGUAGUGUUCUUCUCUCAUGUAACUGGAUGUUAUAUAUAUACUGUGCUACCAAGAAAAUAAUUAUGUGUACUGUCUCAAUUAAGUAGACUCAGUCUCAUUUUGUCCUGUACAAAGAGGAAAGUAAAACUUGAAAAUAUAUAGACAAGCAAUACCUAGAAUUUUAUGUUGUAUGUCCCUUAGUGUCAGGCCACUAACAUGGAUAAUAGUAUUGUAGACAAUAUUUGUCAUAGUGUCUAUCUCAUCAAAAGUAGGGGUGAUAUUACUGAAAUGCUACAUGCUAAACAAUAACAAAAGGACCUGCUAUUUGGCAUGAUGUACAUGAGUGUACCUAGAACAUAGACCAUAGAGGUGAAUUGUGUUAGUGCUUUAAAUUUUUACUGAUUCCUCUCAUUUUCAUUACCAAGCAUGUUCAUAGAUGGCUGAUUGAAGUCAACUAAAUGAUGAGUUAGAAGGUACAGACACUCUUUAUUCAGUUUUGAAUUGUACAAAUAUGUUUGACAUAGAGCAGAACGUUAUAUCCAAGCAGUUGGCCUGAUUUGCAAAAUCGUUCCCUUGUAUGAUACAUUUUAAAAAUGUUUCUGACUUAGGAGGUGUGUUAUGUGCUGUACCAACUGUUCUUUUUGAAAUGUAUAAAUAUGAUCAUGUGAAAGCUGA